GUCACAGGUGUUCCAAACAACAGAACAAACUUUUUUUUCUGCAUUCUAGUCUAAUUCAUUUUUUAAAUAGUGUAUUUGUGCUCUUCAAUAUUUACAAACAAUGAAUGUAGCUCCUGAACAACAAUUGGCUGCUGAGCUUGAAGUUGAAAUGAUGACUGAUAUGUACAAUAGAAUGUCAUCGGCAUGUCAGAAGAAAUGUAUCAGUACCAGCUACUAUGAAGCAGAACUACAAAAAGGGGAAUCUGUUUGCUUAGAUCGCUGCAUCGCCAAAUAUUUUGAGAUUCAUGAAACAAUUGGCAAAAAAUUAACAGAAGCUUCACAAGUAGAAGAUGAAACAAUGAAGAAAAUGCAACAACAACCUAAUUGAUAAAAACAGCCUAUAAUUUGAUAAGCUGUGUAACUUUACAAACAGAUAAUAUUCUUGGUGCAAGACACAUGCAAUUAUUCAACAAGGAGUUAUAUGAGAUUGCACAUGUUGUUUGAUAAAACCGCAUAACGGCAUUUCUCAUAUGUAUUUUGGUUUGUGCGUAUAAAGACAGUUAGGGAAUCUGUAGUUCUGGAUAUCGAAAGCAAGGCUUUUUGGCAGGUUUUCCCCUACAAAGGUAAAGCUUCUAUGAAAUCAAGUUACACUGUUUAAUAAAGCGUAAUUAAAUGUAGGAUCUUGAAUAUCAUUUCGUUAACCAGCCUAUUAUUUAUUUACAAUAAAUUUGUUCUUUGAUAAUACAACGCAUCAGCGUAAGUUAUAGAAAAUAUUUGGAUAACCACAGAGUCGCCCAUAACUUAUUGCACAACAUUGCAAGUCUAAGCGGCGAUGUAGGAACGGUUGUCAUGAAAUUAGAUUGUGCAUUUCCUAUUGGCCAGUGUUCUGUGUGUGUGUGUGGUAUUUUUGUGCAAAUUAGCCAUUCUAAUAUGUUGUUCAAACUUUUUGUAUUGUUUUAAUAUUUAUUAAAAUUGAACUCAAAUG